AUGAAUCUAAAGCGACGUAACAUUAAACUAGAAGCCUACAUAAGGAGAGAAAAUAUUAAGAUAUUUGGUAUCGAAGAUAAACGAGGGGAAUCCAAUACUAGAACAGAGGAACUUGUUCGUAUCAUGAUGCGUGAGAAGAUGAAUAUUACAGAAGAAGACGUUGUAGGCUUUCAAUUCGAGCGAGUGCAUCGAUUUCCAACACGGCAGGAUAUGGCUCGCUCUUCCAAACCGAGACCGAUUAUUGCAAAAUUUAGUUUUUACAAGGACAAGGAAUAUAUGUGGUCCUUUGUUAAGAACCUCAAAGGCAGUGGAAUUGGAAUUUCUAACGAUUUUCCGAAAGAGAUUGACGAAAUCCACCAGAAGCUCUAUCCGGUUUUAAAGGAGGCAAAGAGGAGAGGUCAAAAGGCUAGCUUUAAACUGGAUAAAUUAAUCAUGAGUGGACAGGUAUAUAGAGGUAUGGAGACAGAAAAUCUUGCAUAUUAUGGUUUAAUUAUGAACAGCUAA